AACAAACAAACAAACCAUCCAACCAACCCCAACCCAGGUCAUCUAAUGUCUAGCUCUCCCUGGUUCUGCUGUCCGUGUUGCGGGAAUCUGUGAAACAAUACAUAGGUAUGCGUAAAAAUCCUCGCCUUGGGGAUGGUCCGCUCUUGGAUCUGGAAUUCUGGUCUCAGUAUCUUCCAAGCUCAAUACUUAAAUAAUCCUCCUGGCAAGCUAAUGACACGAAAACCAUAUUUACUUGAAAGAAAAAUCGACUCCGACCAUAAAAUUGUAUGGAAUUUGACCUCGCCUCGAAAAAAUACUCCACAAAAGCUAUCUUUAAUAGGUGCCUGUCAUUGAAAAUCGGCAGGGCAGCGUCCCUUAAGCGCCUGCAAAAAUAGGGCUGUAAUUGUAGCCAGUGUGAGGAGGAUUUAUUUCUUCAAUUGGUUAAAUGGACACUACCUUACAGAACCAAGGUGAUUUUUGUAUUUUACAAAAUUCUGAAAUGCCAGGAGAAUCGGGAGGGGAAAAAAAUAGAGGGAAAGAAAGAAAAAAAUAGAGAAAGUUAUUGCAGCUAAAAAAGUAAACAUUUUUUUCCAGUCUUCUAUAUUAUUGCUGGUUUUGUGAUCUGCGCUUGAUAGCCCUUACAAUUGGUACAUACUAAUGGAACUGCGAGGGAAAUGUAAUAAUUUUGCUAUAAUGGGCUGUAACCUCAAUUCGACCCCAGCCCUGCAGCCCCGGCUCGGAAGCGUGAAGAUCUAACUUGUUUCCAGAGGGUGGCGCACGAGUCCGACUGAAAGUCAGGAGCUGAAGGCGGGGGCGCGCUUUGGGCGCGCGCGCCAACCCUCCAGCAUCCACCCAACUCCCCCAUUAGUGCACGAGUUUACCUCUAGAGGUCAUCAGGCAGGAUUUACGACUGGACAACAAAAGCACGUGAUUUGAAGUCGUACCCCAUAUUUGGGUGCCUACGUAGGAGGGAACCAAGUACAUGUCCCAGUCAUUUCCAUAAUUCAUCAUAAAUUGUGCAAGGGUGCUAUAGACGCACAAAACGACCAAGAGCCACAAAUCAAGCACACAUAUCAAAAAACAAAUGAGCUCUUAUUUUGUAAACUCAUUUUGCGGUCGCUAUCCAAAUGGCCCGGACUACCAGUUACAUAAUUAUGGAGAUCAUAGUUCCGUGAGCGAGCAAUACAGGGAUUCAGCGAGCAUGCAUUCCAGCAGGUACGGCUACGGCUACAAUGGCAUGGAUCUCAGCGUUGGGCGCUCAGCUUCCAGCCACUUUGGUGCCAAUGAGAGAGCCCGCAGUUACCCAUCCAAUGCAACCUCUGCAUCGACAGAGCCCAGGUAUAACCAACCUGCAACGUCUUCGCACUCGCCUCCACCUGAACCUCUGCCCUGCACCGCCGUGGCCACUUCGCCUGUCAGCGAGAGUCAUCACGGGGUGAAAAACUCCAUAGCUAACUCCACUAGCACUUCGUCCAAUUCCAGCAGCACUCACAUAAGCAGAGAGGGAGUUGGCACAUCGUCUGGGACUGAAGAUGACACCCCAGCAAGCAGCGAGCAGGCGAGUGCUCAGAGCGACCAAAGCCCAGCUCAGCCAUCACAGCCCCAGAUCUACCCCUGGAUGCGAAAACUGCACAUAAGUCAUGACAACAUAGGGGGGCCAGAAGGCAAAAGAGCUCGGACUGCUUACACCCGGUAUCAGACCCUGGAGCUGGAAAAGGAAUUUCACUUCAAUAGAUACCUGACCCGCAGAAGAAGGAUUGAAAUAGCACAUGCUCUUUGCCUCUCAGAGAGACAAAUUAAGAUCUGGUUCCAAAACAGGAGAAUGAAGUGGAAAAAAGAUAAUAAGCUCAAAAGCAUGAGCAUGGCCGCCGCGGGAGGGGCAUUUCGUCCCUAAUUGUUUGAGCGUUUAAAAGUACUGAGCAGUAUUAGCUGAACCUGCGUAUCGUGUCAGUACUAAGGUGACUUUCUAAACUUCCUUGUGUUACUUCUGUGAAGAAACCCUGUUCUUGUCGCCCCAAUUCAUCUUUUAAUCAUGAGCCUGUUUAUUACCAUUUAUCGCCUGUAUAAGUAGAUCUGCUUUCUGUACAUUUCUUUGUCUUGAAUGGCUUUGUCUUGAAAAAAAAUAGAUGUUUUAACUUAUUUAUAUGAAGCGAGCCGUGUUACUUGAAGUAACUGUAACAAAAAUGGAAUGAAAAGAAAAAGAACAAAAAAACCCACCCUCGACCUCGUUUAGUGCCAAUGUUGUGUGUUGCACUCAAUUUGCUUAACUGUGCAUGUGUGUGAAAGUGUUACUGUCUGAAUAGCUCCAAGCUGUUAAAAAUAUUUUUAUUCAAACUACCUAUACUUCCUGUGUAAUUAAUGCUGUUGUAGAGGUGAAUUGAUGAGAUACAACUUAACUUGUUAACCGUGUAGUGAAUAGUGAAUCUGUGACGAAAACUGUGACUUCAAGCAGUAUGUCCUUGCUGUGCCUUUGUAUGACUCUUUGCACGAACUCCUAGAAGUGGCUCUUAUAAGCGCAGCUUCAGUGAUGUAUGUUUUUGUGAACAAAGUUACAAAUAUAGUCCAAGUCUGGCUGUUUAAGCAAACUGUGAUCAGCUUUUUUUUGUAUUUGUUUUUAAGAAAAAAAACCUGACUGGAAACAAAAAUAAACUUUGUAUUGUAAGUU